GAUAACUAACCCUAAAACAACCACGGAAAAUCGACCUGGGAUGCAGAAAACACUGAAUCAAAAACAAUGUCAAAUGUAAAGAUAUUUAUAGAUAAAAAACAAUAUAAUGAUGUGAUAAUCACCAAUAUAAAAUUCUUUGUUUGAAUACACAUGUGUAAGUGGAUAUAAAUAACACAAAAAAUCAAAACACUGGGAACUAUUGAAAGAGUUUACAUGCAAAAUAAAAAUUUGACUAAAGUUUGCUAUUUGUUUUAGUCUAAAAUAAUUUGGUCGAUAUAAAAGCAUUGCUCUGUUCUACAAAGCGAGUAAUUAAGUGUCAAAAUUUUAGCUAAAUGUAAACUCCACCAUUCCUUUCGUAACCUCAGAACCACGUGAUGUUAGAUAUUUGCUGUGAUAAAUAUUUACGUACACAUGCAUAUUAAUUAAUUAAAUUUGUCGAGACUUGCAUUUGAUAUGAUGAAAAUCAUACUUGUAACUGGUGGUUCAGGCCUCGUUGGCAGAGGCAUUCAAAGUGUCAUCGAGCAUGACAAGAGAGAAAAUGAGAGGUGGAUAUUUGUUGGAUCUAAAGAUGCGGAUUUGUGCGAUAAGGAGAGUACUCGUAGAUUAUUUGAGCAGCACAAACCAACGCAUGUUAUUCACUUAGCUGCUAUGGUUGGUGGACUUUUCCACAAUAUGUCACAUAAUCUAGACUUUCUGCGAAAUAAUAUACAUAUGAAUGACAAUGUUCUUCAAACUGCUCAUGAGCAUAAUGUGACAAAAGUUGUGUCUUGUCUUUCUACUUGUAUAUUUCCUGAUAAAACAACUUAUCCAAUUGAUGAAACAAUGGUUCACAACGGGCCGCCACAUCCUUCGAAUUAUGGUUACAGUUACGCCAAGCGACUUAUAGAUAUCGCAAACCGAGGCUACUACGACCAGCAUGGUAGAUUAUAUACUAGCAUAAUCCCGUGCAAUGUGUUUGGUCCGUAUGACAAUUUUCAUCCGAGUGCGAGUCACGUUAUACCUGGUCUGAUGCGAAGACUGUACGACUUGUGCAAAGAUGGAAACACGGAAAAUAAAGUGUUCACUGUGUUGGGGUCUGGUAAGCCCUUAAGACAGUUUAUCUAUAGCAUGGAUUUAGCAGCACUGAUCAUUUGGGUAUUGCGAGAAUAUGAUUCUGUGGAGCCUAUUAUAUUAUCAGUGGACGAGGCACAGGAGAUAUCAAUAGCUCAGGUGGCUGAGUCUCUAGUACGGGCGUUUGGUUUUAAGGGUAAAGUGGUAUACGACACGUCAGCGGCAGAUGGUCAAUACAAGAAAACGGCGAGUAACGCGAAGUUACGGAAGUAUUUACCCGAUUUUCAAUUUACAACCUUUGAACGAGCUAUCAAAGAGACCGUUGAUUGGUACGUAAAGAACUACGACAGCGCGAGAAAUUGAAAUCACUUUUGACAGAUUAUGGAAAAACAAAGCCUUUAUUUCCAUGAAUACGUUCGGUAUUUGCAUUAGUUGUCCGAUAAUUUGAUAACUUAUCAAACUUCCAGUGCAUUGCCAUUGUUCUUUAAACAUGCAAUUAAAUUCUGUCACGAAAUAUAUAUGAUAAUUAUCAAACUUUUAGUGCAUUGCCAUUGUUCUUUAAAUAUGCAAUUAGAUUUUAUCACAAUAUAUAUAUAUAUUCUUCAAAGCAUAUAUAUAUAUGUAUAUCUAUUCUUAUUAAACCCCGUACAUUCCAAUUAAAAACGGAACAUAAAACUGAAAAUAGACAGAAUAUUAAAAAUAAACAAAUCACAUAUAUGUGUUUGAAAAUAUAUUCUAAUAUAUAGAAAUUAUACUUUAUAUACAUUGUAGCAUAAACAAUUAUAUUUUUCGAAUAAAUAAAUCUACACAAGACAUUUUACUCCUCAUUUUGAAAAAGUGCAUCAUCAAAGUUGAUUUUUUAAAUGCCAAAUUUGAUGGGGUUGAACUCGAUUAAAACCUCACAAACUUCACAAUGAUUUAUAUAUGUACAUAAAAAUGACAUUAAAUAAAACUAAUAUCAACUAUGUUGAGUAAACGUUGGCAAUACACGUGGAUUUUUAUUGAUUUUUGAAAGUUUACUUUAAAGAGAAAAUUUAAGUUACAAAAAAAAUGUGCUUGCCAAAGAUAAAUCCACGCGAAACACUUUGCGCGAUGAAUUUAUUUUCGUUCAUCCGCGGCAUUUCUGGGACACGUGCAUAUGUUUCGGAUGAGUUUACAUAAAAUUCGAACGGAUUGUUAUUUGGCGAAUGUAACGCGCGUUCCCGUAUACAAAUACGAAUUCUGAUUGAUACGAGAGGAAUAGGGUAGCAGUUUCCAAUUAAGUUGCCAAAAGUGCAUUAAUAUAUUCCAACUGGAAUAGAUUUCGUGAGAUUUGAAUUUUCUACACUGUGUCGUUUCAAUCGAUUCGGACAAAGAUAACGUGUGUGCUUUAUCGGGACUUGUCUCCGAGAGACCGACGCGCGAUAUGAGGGAUAUAUUUUUCAGUGUCCGUUUCUUCUUUGUGACGUAGGAAUAAUUUGUGUGUUUGUCGAUGAAGAAAUAAACUCCAAAAACGUUUUCUUCGUUAUAUCAUUAAUUUGUUUACCGUUGAUUUGUUUUUGUUGACUGUGUUUAAAAUCAAAUACACUAAAAGUUUUUUUAAACUACACGUUCAUUAAAUUGCUACUUUGUCUAUAUAGUUAUAAAAAAAUGUCUUAACAUAUUAUUAUAAGUAAAAUAAAGAACUUUAU